AUGAGGAUCCUGCAGUGGGGACUCUUGGUGUCUCUGACAGCUUGUCUCAGCGCGAUUCUGGUCUUCAUUGUCGGAGUCCCUAAUUCCUGUGAGUUUCCUCCAGUUCACUGGAGUUCGAGAUCCGUUUUCUCGUUGGCAUAAGUGAUCAUCGGAAUUCUCACUUUCUUCCUUUCCUCUUGAACCCUGUUGUCGAUUUUUUAAAAUUUGUUUUCCAUUCUUUCUUUGCCAGAUUACCUUUACGGUUCGGUUUCGGAAGAAGAUCUACGUGCAGUGUUUACCCUUCGCAACAGCUUCAGGAAGUGCGUGGUAAGACAGCAAUGGUAUUUUUUUUUUCUGUUUUAUCAUUGGUGGCUUCGGACGUAUACUUUAAUAGGUAAGAAUCAACGAGAAAGAUAAUUUCAUGAAAGUCAGUAAGCUUCAUCUCCGGAAAGUUGUUUUCAUUGAUAUUUUUUCUCCAUCGGUUCAUAAUUUCUUUUUAAACGUCAAUAUUUUAGUCAGUAACUCGGUGGUCAAUAUAAAAGGAAAUAAAGACAGGUUCAACUACUUCGUGUCUUCCUGUGCUAAUUUAUUUAUAAUGCAUCUUCCUGGACUCAAUACCUUUGCAUUAGGGCUUUUUAACGCCACUGUUCUGGUACCAGUGCCUGAAUAUGUACCGUUUUCAUGUCUCAUUCUAUUAAGUGCGAAAUAUUGAGUCGGUAAAGCGAAUGUUGGAAACCUGGAUCUAUACCUGGGAAAAGGGAUAAGAAAUGUAUUUAGUGUUUUUUCAGCAACUUCCUUUGUUCUCUAAUAAGGUCUCACAGAUCCAUCUCGGGAUUUUGCUAGCAUCCUUUACGAGACAUUAUUGUUACGUUGUAAUUUGAAAUCCCGAAACCGUUGUUCCUUUUCGUUCAUGCCCUGAAGAGCAAAAACUAUUGACAAUAGUGCCAUAAAUUUUGUGAUCUUAUCCUUGUGUUAUGCUUUUUAUCCUUGCGCGGUGAGGCAAUCUUCUCUUCUUACCGAUUCAAUUAUUGUAUACUGAUACUUUUAUAGUAUAAUUAGGAUCAUUUGUUAAUUUUGGAAUAGUUUCAAGUCAGAAAACUGUGCUUCAAUGAAAGAAAUUCAUAUCAGGAUAUUCACAUAUCAAUGGCGGAUUCUCAAUGAUAUUUCAGAAAGCAAAUGGGUUAGGACUGGAAGCUGUGGAUGGUAGAGAUGAUUGUCAAAUUACGUUAAAAUUUCCUCAAGACACAGUGCCAAUGUGGGUAAGUUGUUCUCUUUAUUUCUUAUCAUGUAUUUGUUUUUUCCUUAGCCGGCCCAAGGCAUCCCAUCCUUCCCAUGCGACAGUUACUGGACUCUACACAUAACCAUGGAAAUAUCAUGAACUCAUGCAUCCUUCUGAGGAAUAUAAGAAGCCAUUAAUUAUUUCCUACCUGUCCCUCUUCUUAACAAAGGAGCAAAUUGUAUUACAAAGGACUCGUCACGUACAUAAACGCCAAGUACGUUCAAUAGACAACAUAUUAUUGAGCUUUCAUUCGUGGACCAAGCCACUUCUUGCACAACGUCCGCAUUGAAUACGCACACGAUGUAAACUGAUGGAAUCAUAAUUAGAUAGAUUUAUGUUCCGAAAAAUGAACUUCAUUUUUUUGUUUCUGAAUGUGCCAACUGAGCUGACAGGAACUUCAAUUUCUGCAGAAAGAUCCAAAAUCUGGGGAACUUGAAGGUCUAUCAUUUGAUUUCAAUCUAUGUGAGGCUGUUGUGACGUGGGAGCAGGUAUGCUUAUUUGUUCAAUGUUACUCAGUGGUGGUAAGCGGACGGUCUGUUUUGAUACCUGCUCAAGCAUCCGAUGUAUUGAGAAACCAUGCGAUUCUUUCUCUUUCAUUCACAUUGUAUUACUCAAGUUCCUUGGGGACAGAUCACUAGUCAAGCCACAUGUACGGAACUCAUCCUUUGUUUCCCCUUCUUUCGAAUGUCCUUCCGAAAAAAAAUGUCUGACCUGUGGUACAUCCCUGAUGUAUCAUUCCCUGCUUGGAAACAUACGACUGUGUUGCACUCCAUCCUGGUUUACUUAUCUGAAAUGGUAGUUCUGGCACAGUCAAUUUUGUUUGAUGGUUAUUCUGGAAAUUCCAUUUUGCCAAUCUAAGUUGUAGAUGUUAUUGGCCAGUGCAGAUAGGAUUCGUUGUGUGCAUGUGUUUCUAUGUGAGGGUGUUUUGAUCCCAAUGUGUCUAGUGUGGCCAUUUUGGUUUUACAACCGUGUAAUGUUACCGGUAUUGAAGACUGACUUUGUGUACUGAUCUGCAGGUUCGGAAUAGUACCACAAUACUUACAAAAGAGUUUAUUGAUGCUCUACCGAAUGGGUGGGAGGAAUAUGCAUGGCAGAGGAUAAACAAGGGCAUUCUUCUGUAAGUAAAUUAAUUGCUGUCUUAUAAUUGGGCAAAACUCACUGCAUUAUUUUCCUUGGAUCCAUGAUGUGAGCUCUAACAUGGGGGGAUAUCCUUAUGAAAACUUCCUUGUGAUCUGUCUUAAAAGUACUAAUUUUAGCCUUAGAACUCUUUACAAGUACGAUUAAGUUGCUUACUUCGAUGUUUUCUUAAUUCAGAAAUAACUGUCAAAAUAAAACUCUUUGCAUGGAGAAGCUUUCACUAGUGCUUCCUGAAACACCGCCAUUGAUGCCACGACAAUUUGGGAGAUGUGCUGUAAUUGGCAACUCUGGGGAUCUUUUGAAAACAAAGUUUGGCGAGGAAAUAGAUGGUUAUGAUGUUGUUAUUCGUGAAAACGGUGCUCCUAUCCAGGUCUGGUAACAGUACUUUCUCCAUUGGUUAGUGCAGCUUUUUCCCUCUAUUUUCCCUUUUAGGAAAACAGUAAUUUUAAAUUUUAACGAUUUUUUUGUUUUUAUCUUCUGCUUAUAAUUUUAGAACUACACCGAAUUCGUGGGGAAGAAAAGCACUUUUCGCCUUCUCAACAGAGGAUCCGCCAAGGCUCUUGAUAAAGUCGUGGAACUAGAUGGUAAAGGAGCUGGAUGCUUUCAUCCUGGGUUCAUCUCACGUAACUGCAAAUAUUCUAAGCUGUCUUCUUCUUUUACAGAAACCAGACAAGAGGUGCUAAUCAUCAAGACAACCAUUCAUGACAUCAUGAAUAAAAUGAUCCAGGUUCAUGUGUUGCCAUCAUGUUGUCUCUGCUUCUACAUGCGUUUUCAGAUUUCUUACUUACGUUCAUAUCAUUGGCUGUUUCGUGUCUUAAAUCAAAAUCUUGGGUUUUUGAUAAAUUUUUUCUGUUCAAUAAGAUGUCAAAAAUUUAGAAGGAGAUAGCGGUUAUAUUCUUUUUUUAAAAAAAAAAAUUCAGCAUGACUGCAGUGGGAAAUUUUACCGGGCAUCAAACUCCUUUUUCACUUAAAUAUUCGACUAUUUCUGUAUCAUAUUAUUAUUAUAUAAUUUUGCGCUGAUUUUCUAGAAGUCCAUGCUCGUGAAAUCAGUGAGAUUAAUCUGAAAUAAAAUCCAUUUCCAUACAGUUUGGUUACUUCCCUUCUAUAAAAAACCAGCAAUUUAUUAGGAUAUAAACAUUUUCCUUCCUCGGAUUCUAUUUUCGCAGGAACUCCCCAUUACAAACCCUAUAUACCUCUUCCUCGGUGCAUCCUUUGGUUCAUCAGCGAAAGGAACGGGUCUAAAGGCUCUUGAGUUCGCUCUCUCCAUUUGUGACUCAGUCGACAUGUAUGGUUUCACUGUGGAUCCGGGUUAUAAGGAAUGGUGAGGGAGCAAUCUGGUAUCUCCAACCCUGUCUCUGGACGAUGGUAGCCACGUGGAUCCUUUUUAUCCAUUUGUAGAAUCUUUUUUGUCCGAUUUCAGGACGAGGUACUUCUCGGAGUCCAGACAGGGCCACACUCCACUCCACGGAAGGGCCUACUAUCAGAUGAUGGAAUGCCUCGGAGUGAGCUCUCCUCUCCCUGAGUCUCUAAACCCACCCCCACCCGUUACUUACACUCGGUAAUCAUCUUAACUUGUUCGGGGUUUAUUUGAUAGCUCGUCAAGAUCCACUCGCCGAUGCGGGCAGACUUCAAUCGUGUAGUGAACCCGUUGCCCAGUCGCAGCCUGAUUCAUGCUGCGCGAAUUGCAUCAGAGAAGCUGCUGAGGUAGCCACAUCUUCUCCACUCUCCUUUUUUUUCAGUCCCUUCUCUCUCUCUCUCUCUCUCUCUCUCUCUCUCUCUCUCUCUCUAUCUAUCUAUCUAUGUUGUUUGCAUGGUUAUGUCUUUGAUAUUAUAUAAGUGCGUUUGCCUGCGAAAUCUCUUAUGAACCGCCUUUGCAAUCAAUUUUACAGCCUCUCUCUCUCUCUCUCUCUCUCUCUCUCUCUCUCUCUCUAUGGUAUUUGCAUGGUUUAUGUCUUUGAUAUAUAAGUGCGUUUGCCUGCGAAAUGUUUGUGAGGAACUUAACAACCGCCCAUCUGCACUCCCAGAUUGUACAGGAGGGGAGGGCCCCGAGACUCCUUGAGCUCGUGCUCCAUCAUCAAACAACGACCGCAGGGGAAGAAGGGGCCGCCUCCCCGUGGCGCUGCCGCCCUGAGAAAGGAAGCCCGGGAGCUCCAAGAACGCAUGAAGGGCGCCACCCUGUACCCCCUCGAACAUAACCCCGACCGCGCCAUGCUCUGCAUGGUCCCAGCCCAGUCAACUUGA